CGCAGCACCUCCCUUUAUCUCUUCAUCAAACUCUUUCACUUUUCAUUUUGCCGUGAAGCAGAAAGAUUUAAGAUUGAUGUGGAUCUGAACUCGGCAUCAUGGAUCAGGAGCUGAAAGAAGGAGAAACUCUGCCUGAAGCUGAGAACCAGAGCAAAGCCAAGAGCAAACAGUGUGAAGAUGAACCGGAUCUAGAGCUCUGUGAGAGCAGGUCCAUGAGAGAUGUUAUUGAUUUUAAAUCAAAUAAGCCUUCAAAGAGUCCUCAGCAUCCAUUUUCCAGCUUUUCAUCUGGACAUCAGUCAGAAACAGACCAGCCUCCAUCUCCUGAUGAAGUGAAGAUCUCAGAGCCCCCUAGUGGUCAGAAUACCCAACAGCAUCAAACAUCACUGGGCUCCACAUUUAUGGAGCUUAAAAAGAACAUUUUCACUUUUGCGGAGAAUGAGCUGGAGAAGUUCCAAAUGGUUCUGGGUUCAGAUUCCCCACAAUGUCUAGAGUGGAAUGAGGAUGAUGAAGUUUUAGAGGGUGAAGAUAAAGAGCAAAUGAAGUGGAGCAGAAAAGCUUUUGAGAAGAUCAUACAACACUUCCUAUGGAGGAUGAACAAGGCUGAGAGUCUUCAAGCCAGAUCCCUCACCAUAUGCCAACGAACAAUAAAGUUUUGCAUGAAGACGAGGUUCAAACAAGUGUUUGAAGGGAUUGGUAAAUCAGAAAAGCACACGGUUCUGAAUAGGAUCUACACAGAGCUCUGCAUCACAGAGGGAAACUCUGGAGAGGUCAAUGGUGAACAUGAGGUCAGACAGAUUGAAUCAGUGUCCUGGGAACCAGACAGACCAGAAACGACAAUUAGACAUGAAGACAUAUUUAAACUGUUACAUGGAAGAGAUGAACCAAUCAGAACAGUGAUGACAAAGGGAGUGGCUGGCAUUGGGAAAACAGUCCUGACUCAGAAAUUCACUCUGGACUGGGCUGAAGACAAAGCUAACCAGGUCAUCCAGUUCGUAUUUCCAUUCAUGUUCAGAGAACUGAAUCUGCUUAAAGACCAGCAGUUCAGCUUGGUGGAGCUUGUUCACCACUUUUUUAAUGAAACCAAAGGAAUCUCCAGGUUUGAAGAGUUAAAGGUUGUGUUCAUCUUUGAUGGCUUGGAUGAGAGUCGACUUCCACUGGACUUCCACAACAAUGAGAUCCUGACAGAUGUAACAAAGUCCACCUCAGUGGAUGUUCUUCUGACAAACCUCAUCAGAGGGAACCUGCUUCCCAAAGCUCACCUCUGGAUAACCACAAGACCUGCAGCAGCCAAUCGGAUCCCUGCUGAGUUUGUUGGCAUGAUGACAGAGAUCAGAGGAUUCACUGACAUAAAGAAAGAUGAGUACUUCACUAAAAAGUUUAGAUAUAAGGAGGAGGCCAGAUUAGUAAUCUCCCACAUAAAGAAAUCCAGAAGCCUCCACAUCAUGUGCCACAUCCCAAUCUUCUGCUGGAUCACUGCUACAGUUGUGGAAGACAUGUUGAACAAGGAAGAUAGAGAAGAUCUGCCAAAAACCCUGACUGAGAUGUACAUCCACUUCCUGGUGGUUCAGACCAAACUGAAGGUCAUCAAGUACGAUGGAGGAACUGAGACAGAUUCAAUCUGGAGUCCAGAGAGCCAGAAGAUGAUUGAGUCUCUGGGAAAACUGGCUUUUGAGCAGCUGAUGAAAAGAAACCUGAUAUUCUAUGAAUCAGACCUGGCAGAGUGUGGCAUCGAUAUCGAAGCAGCUUCAGUGUGUUCAGGAGUUUUCACAGAGAUCUUCAGAGAAGAGAGAGGGCUGUACCAGGACAACAAGGUGUUCUGCUUCGUCCACCUGAGUGUUCAGGAGUUUCUGGCUGCUCUUCAUGUUCAUCUGACCUUCAUCAACUCUGGAGUCAAUCUGCUGGCAAAAGGUGAAACAAAAUCAAAGGAUUUAGAAACAAGAAGCCAUGGAUCCUCAGAGACAGACAUCUACAAGAGUGCUGUGGACAUGGCCCUAGAGAGUCCAGAUGGACACCUGGACUUGUUCCUCCGCUUCCUACUUGGUCUUUCACUGGAGACCAAUAAGCGUCACUUAGGAGGCCUUUUGACACAGACAGAAGAAAGUUUGACAACUAAUAAAGACACAGCCCAGUACAUCAAGGAGAAGAUAAAUAAUGAUCUAGAUGCUGAGAAAAGCAUCAAUCUGUUCCACUGCCUGAAUGAACUAAAUGAUCAGUCUCUGGUGGAGGAAAUCCAACAAUCUCUACAAACAGGAAGUCUUUCAGCUCACCAGCUGUCUCAUGCUCAGUGGUCAGCUCUGCUCUUCAUGCUACUUUCAUCAGAGAAAGACCUUGAGAUGUUUGAACUGAAGAAAUACUCUGCUACAGAGGAAGCUCUACUGAAGCUGGUGCCAGUCAUCAAAGCCUCCAGGAAAGCUGUACUCGGUGGAUGUAACCUCUCAGAGAAAAGCUGUGGAGCUCUGUCCUCAGUUCUCGCCUCUCAGGAUUCUUGCCUGAAGGAGCUGGACCUGAGCAACAACAACCUGAGCGAUUCAGGAGUGAAGCUGCUCUGUGAGGGACUGAAGAGUCCAAACUGUGAACUCGAGAUUCUGAGGCUUUCUGGCUGUCUGAUCACAGAGGAAGGCUUUGCUGCUCUGGCCUCAGCUCUGAUGCUGAAUCCCAGCCACCUGAGAGAGCUGGACCUGAGCUACAAUCAUCCAGGAGAGGCAGGAGCUCAGCCUCUGUUAGCUGGACUGGAGGAUGCAGCCUGGAAGCUGAAGACUCUGAAGUUGGAUCCUGCUGGAGUCCAGUGGUUAACACCAGGCCUGAGGAAGUAUUCCUGUCCUCUCACAGUCGACCUGAACACCGUAAACAAACACCUAAAAUUAUCUGAAGACAACAGGAAGGUGACACCUGUGGAAGAGGAGCAGCCGUAUCCUGAUCAUCCAGACAGAUUUGAUCUCUAUCAGCUGCUGUGUACUGAUGGUCUGACUGGUCGCUGUUACUGGGAGGUUGAAUGGAGUGGGAAAGUCUAUGUAUCAGUGAGUUACAGAGGAAUCCAAAGAAAAGGACAGACUGAUGACUGCUGGUUUGGAUUUAAUAAUAACUCCUGGUGUCUAAUCUGUUCAGAUGAGGGUUAUGUUGUUUGGCACGACUGUAAAAAAGUUUUUAAGUGUUCAUCCUCCUCCUCCUCUGCCUCUGACAGAGUGGCUGUGUAUGUGGACUGUCCUGCUGGGACUCUGUCCUUCUACAGAGUCUCUUCAGAGACACUGAUCCACAUCUACACCUUCAACACCAAAUUCACUGAAACUCUUUAUCCUGGAUUUGGGUUCAGGAGUCGUACUACCGAGUCCUGGUGCUCAUCGUUCUUUCUAAGAUAAAAGAAACCUGGCGUUCCACCCAAGAUAUAUUUUUAGAUUAACAUAACAUGUAAAUAAAAGUAUUUUCAUAGCACCUUUUUAAAAAUUACAAAGAGCUUCACAAUAAACUAGUGUCUAAUGUGAAAUUAGGCAUAUUCUUCAUGAAUGCAUGAAGAACACAGGAUAAAUAAAUGAGAUAUUUAUUGAUUAAAACACAAACUGUCUUUUAAAAGAGAAAAAAGUCUGAAAGGAGAAAGAUACAGAGAAGAAGUCAAUGAACUAAAAGCUCUGUUUUCUUUUUGUCUUCAUCUUAGUGAACCAGGCCCUGAUCACAGGACCUCAAGGAUUUUGUUUGGUGAUCUUGAGUGAUUUGAAAAGUGCUUUCAGAUAAAAUGUAUUAUUAUUAUGGACAAAUGGGUGCAGAUACCCUCUUGAUAUUAUCUGGUCCCUGUCUAUGAAGUUUUAAAAAGAAUCUCAAGUUGCACUUUGAAGUAAAUUGUAAGCUAAUAAAGAAGAUUGGAGUCACAGUUCAAAAAGUAAAGGAUUUUUAUCAGGACCCAGGCAGCAGCAUUUUAAAUAAAGGUUCCAACGAGGUUUUGCUAAGAUCCACAGAGUGCUCUGGGUGAUAAAAACAAAACCAUGAAUAGUUAUUUCCAUUUCAAGAUGUGAGACAAUAGAGAUUAGUUCAGCAGAUGCAUCCAAAGUAAAACCAGAAUCAAAGAUCUUCCCAAUAUUCUUACCAGAUCUCUUGAUUCUUCGAGUGUCCUCUUAAUCCUUGACAUGUUUUUUUCCUUAUAUUCACCUUUCUUAUCUAAUUGUGUGAAAACUGGUUAAGAAGUAUUUUUUCUCAGCUGCUGAAGCCAAUAUAAUGUCCACCUGCAUUGUUUACAUGCUUGUUUGAAUCGCACCAUAUUCUAAUGUUACUGUAAUAAAACUAGCCAGUUUUUCCUGUGAUUAAACUAACAAGUUAGUGACAUGAAGGGAGUAAAAGUACUUGACAAUAUUUUUCAGUACUGAUAUGUUAUUAUAAAUGCAACAUAAAUCUUGUAAUACUGAAUGAAAUGUAGAUUUUUAUGGUACUUUAUAUCUGCAUUGCGUUAUUUAUCUAUACUAUGUUACAGUUUGUUUAGUGCAGGUUUGGGUCUCCCAGUUUUGUCUUCCAUUUGUAAAAUCACUUUUUUGGUUAGCUUUAAUUGAGGAAAAAAAUGUUUACUUACUUUGGUGAGAGGUAAAUAAAUAAUCUCUGUUAAUUUCUGAAAUUAAUAUGAUCACUUGAAAAGAUUCCUUGUUGAUGUUUACAGAGUGAGGCAUUCUCUGUAUUUGACAAUAAAAUACAUUUAAAUGA